AUGCCGGGGGGUGGAGCGCCAGCGGCGAACGGUGCUGGCGACAUGGGCCCUGUGCCUGGCCAUGGCGCGCACAUUGUUCACGGCGGACAUGGUGGGCAUGGAGGACACGGAAACUCGAGGAGACGGCCGCCGCCGCCUUCCUAUGUUCCGCAGUAUCAUCAGCAACACCAUCAGCAACACCAACACAUCCCGCCCAUGUACCCCAACUACAUGAACCCCUAUGCAGGCGGCCAGCAAUUCUACCAGCAGCUGCCGCCCCAGUACCAGAAUGGGGGCAUGCCCACUGCCUACAUGCAGCACUACCAGCAGCCAUACAUACGCUCGCCUCCGGCUAUGCAGCAAUUUGUCCCCAUGGCUGGCGUCAGUGUCCCUCAGCCUUACCCUCGGCAGCACCAGCAGUCUCCUGCUCUCGCGACUCCCUACCAGCCUCCUCCCAUGCCCUCUGCCAUUGCGCCACACACGCCCACUUCGACACACUCGUCCCAUAUCAUGGCAGAGCCGUCUGCCGUCUCUUCCGCGUCACCUGCGACAUCCCAGAUCGAACAGGGGCACGCGCUCGCCCCUGCCCAGGAGGAGCUGGUCCAGCCAGAAACGGCCGCGCCUGCCCCUCCUGUGCGACAGCCCACUCCGGAGCCCCCUCAGCCUAAGGAGCCUUUCCGAGCACCGCUUCCAUGGCUUUCUCAGCCCGAUCUCGAUUUCCCCAAACGCACGCGCGUCAAGCGGCGCAAGCGAGCGCCUCUAGUCUCGGCCGACAAGGGAGUCACACUCCCUAGCGAUGUCAAUGGUCCCCUGAGCGAGUCAGCCGACCACGCCUCUACAGAUGCCGCCGUCACGGACGAGUCGCAGGUAUCAGCUGGCACGGCAUCCACAGUCUCGGCGGUCUCGACUCCUGCGACUCCUCAUGCCAAUGCUGCAUCGACGUCUCAUGAUAACCCAACGGAGAUCUCGACCCAGAACAAGAGGCCCGUCACAAGCGGUUCCGGAGCCUCCACCUCGCAGAGCCCCGCCCCUUCAUCGUCACGCCCCAUCGUACCCGUUGUUCCGGCCAUCCCCAAAGGCAGCCCGAAGACUACCAAGACAAGCGCCGAAGCGUCCUCCGAGGUUGCCAAAGCACCUGUUGCCCAGGACGCGCCGAGCGAGAUACCUUCCGUCGGUGUCCCGUCCCAGGAGAAAGCCCAACAGCCGAGUGAGGAGGCUCCCAAGUCUACCCCACGCGCACCACCGUCAAGCUGGAGUGCCCUGUUCGCAAAAAAUGCUGCUGCCGCAGCAGCUGCCAAGAACCGGAACGCUCAGAACGGCUCAGCCGGUCAAGGGACCAACGGUACUUCUCCUGACGAUGCGGACAGGCCAUUCGACUCUACCUUCCCUUCUGACAACAGCGUGAACACAAUUGCUGCGGCGCUGAGAGCAUACCGUGUUCGCAACCCCGAGAAAGUCAAGUACGUUGAGCCAAGGGGCUUGGUCAAUAUCGGGAACAUGUGUUACAUGAAUUCUGUCCUUCAAGUUCUUCUUUUCUGCGUGCCUUUUUACGACUUCCUGGACCAAAUUAGCGAGAAGGUCCCUUUGAGUUUCAAGAGCCAAACACCCAUCCUGGACGCAAUGAUCUUGUUCAUGAGGGAAUUCCAAGUGAUCAACUCUGGCGACUCGGCAGCCAAGCUUCGAAAGCUCCUGAAGAACGAGGAGCUCGAACAGUACGGAACUUCAUUCACUCCCGAAUUUAUUUACCAGGCCAUUGAGCCUGACAAGCGUUUUGAAAAUAUGAGGCGUGGUCAUCAGCAGGAUGCCGAGGAGUUCUUUGGUCUUCUUCUGCAGUCUCUUGAUGAUGAGUGCGCCAAGGUGAUGGGCGUCGCUUCUGGCAACGCCCCUCAUCCUGCGCCGGCAUCGGCGAACGCAGACGCAACCGCAGACGGCUGGCUUGAAGUUGGCGCCAAGCAGCGUGCCGCUGUGACACGUUCGUCCGGGGCCAGCUCGUCGACCCCUAUUACCCAGAUCUUCGGCGGCUUGUUGCGAUCCGAGUUGCGCGUCACUGGCAAGCAGGACUCGAUCACGACAGAACCGUACCAGGCUCUACAGCUUGACAUUGGAGCAAACGAUGUCAGGAACGUUGUAGAUGCUCUGAAGAGGCUGACGGCGCAUGAGAAGCUCGAGGGCUCUGGAUUCAACUCCCCACACGGAAAGAACGCAACUGUUGUCAAGCAGACGCUGAUCGACACACUGCCCCCAGUGCUCAUCCUGCACCUAAAGCGCUUCCAUUUCGAUGCUGAGGGCGGCACCACAAAGAUCUGGAAGAAGGUCGGCUAUCCCCUCGAGCUCGAGAUUCCCGUGCAGGCUCUCGCCAGGCAGUGGCGGGCCAGUAACAAGGGAGGUGAGGGGCCCAAGUACAAGCUCAUCGCUGUCGUGUACCAUCACGGCAAACAUGCCAACGGAGGUCAUUAUACUGCAGAUGUAAGACGUCAGGACGAGCAUGAGUGGAUUCGCUUGGACGACACUGUCAUUCGACGAGUCAGGAGCGAGGACGUGGCCGAGGUUGGUGAGGAGGAGGCUGCAAAGGCGACGACGCAGGGCUCAGGUUCUCGCGACGUCUCGGCGAACAGGUUUGGCGCCAUGAACGAUGACGAUGCUGGUGAUCGUGGCGAGUGGACAUCGGUGGACAAGACCAACGGAAACAAGAACCGCUGGAGUGCCGUCGCCAACGGCGCUGCCUCGCAGUCUCGUGGCAAGCAGGUCAAGGAGAGUGUGAAGGAUAACAAGGUGGCAUACCUACUCUUCUACCAGCGUGUCUAG